GAGCGCGGCGGCCGGGAGGAGGAGUGCAGACGAGAAAAACAACAUGAAGAAUUAACUCGGCGGGGAACGGACGGGUUAUGGCGGACGGGGGUCGAUGAGGAGGGAAAGCCGUGUCCACCUACUGUGAUGAUCGGGAUAUAAUUAAAACAAAUAAUUGCGGUCCGAGUAAAUCAGCAGGUCUCAAUGGUUGGAAAGGGUGUGAAGCGGAAGCGCCAUGCCGAUGGGGGUCUGGAUUCCUGUCAGAACCUUGCUGACUGUCCAGAGUCCUAUAGCCUCAAGCGGCAGCUGGUACUCAACACCUCCCUGAAUAAGAUGCAGAAUGGGCGGGCACUGCCGGAGCUCAGCCUUCGGCGCACUGUCCUGAUUGCUAACACCCUGCGGCAAAUCCAAGAAGAGAUCCGGCUGGAAAGCAGCCAGCUGGCAUCGGCCAUGGCCUUGGAUUCUGGGUGUUCGGAAUUAGGCAGCCAAAGGGAUGUCCCACCUUCGCGGCUGACAACUGAGAGCCACCCCGCUGGAUUCGGCGAUGGCCUUGAGGACUUUACAUCUGCUGCUUCUGAUGAGGACCACUCCCUCUCCUCUGCCAUCAACUCCAUCCUCCGGGAUCUUGACAUCAUUGUUGAUGAAAGCCCUUCACCUUCAAUCCCACAGGACAAUCUGGACCUGCCGGAAGCAAUGGACACAGCAGCAGAAGACUGGGACAAAGAGGAAAUCCAGUCCACAGAGCCCUCUAGACCUUUGGAGUCAGUUUUUGGCAGCUUUGAAAUCAUGAGCUCCAGUUACCUUGUAGGUGUGACCUUGGAUGACCUUUUUCUUGACAUUGACACCUCUGUGUGUGACUGCGAUGUGGCUACAGUGGGGCCGGCUCCCAGUGGCCGUGCAGUGCCCCCUGGUGUGGCUGAUGACCUGGCUAAGACUUUCACCUCAUGCAAUUCCUCUUCUUCACUGGGAGCCAAUCCAACUUUAAGAACUGACCUGAAUGACCUGGAUCACAUCAUGGAGAUCCUGGUCAGCUCCUGAGGAGCUACCUCACUGUGACAGGCUACUGACUGACUUCUGCAAGCCAAAGACACACCCCCUCACUUUCGAAGGGCAGCAAUGCUGGCGCAGUCCUGUUGCUCACUUUCUACUCAGGGCUCCAUAUCAACAUGGGGCAGUGUUUCAGAUCAAUGUAUAUGAUUCGGGGAGUUAGGGGCUGUAAAUAAAUGUAAUUUUUAUCUCUUGGUUUUGGCCCUACCAAUAUCAUCGAACAAAUGCCUCUGGGCAGCUGCACAGGGCCUUAUGAGAACAGAUCAAAGUUACUCCUUAUUGUAUCCUAAAAAUAAGGUUGAACAUUUUUUAAAAAAUUAAUCAUAGUGCUCUGUGUGUGUGUGUGUGUGUGUAUUGUGUGACUUCUGCUUUUAUUUUUCCAAAAUCUGGAUUUGAAGAUUUUUUUUUGUUUUUAAAUUGAGAUUAUACAAGGGAAGAGUUGUCUUUUUGAGCCUCCCUCCAUUUUGAAUGCAAAGUCAUGCAUGUCAUGUUAAUUGUAAGGGAACUGGAAUGAAGCUGCUGCUGGAAUAAAGCCAUUGACCCAUAUUCUGACUCUACAAUGCAGUUACAAGGGAGGUUCACCAGGCAGGUCCUAACCUUAUCCAAAGUGGUUGUGGUUUUGGACCUGUGGCUUUAUUGAUAUUUUUAAUAAGCCUGUUCAGACCCUAUGAUGCACUUCUGGAGCAGGUGAUCUGAACCUGGGCAUUCUAGCCUAGAGGUAAGAACACUUUCACUGCAUCACAGGAGUCUCCAGACCAACAGCUUCACACUGUUGCCUGCCAGAUGAAUGUGGAUUUCAAGUAGUGUUUAAUUGCUGCAGUUUUCAACUGAGCAAAGAGAGCCAGGCUCUAGAUGUCUUGCUGUUGUUCCAAAAUAUGACACUUAAUGUCCAGCUUUUGAGACCAGACUCUUUAUUUUACCGCCCCCCCGCCCCCCUUCUCCCCACCCAUGCUCCAAACUUGCACUGUGGAUUUUGAUCUGUUAAAGAGCUUGGAAGUUAACUAUGUUGAAUCUCAGCCCCAGUCAUCCUGCUGCUGUGGUCCAGAGCAGUCCUAUGCCUUAAUUCUGUUCCUUACAUUGGGAAUCUGGUGGCUGCCAACCUUUCACCUGCAAGCCUCCUUUUCUCCUGAGGAUUCUGAUCUGAAUGGAGUUGUUUACAUUGUCAGCUGCGUAUCUUGCCUUUUCUGAACUUGAACUUGCCAUCCGCUACUGAUGUGGAGGAUAAUGGCUGAAGGUAGACAGUUUGGAGCUCCUUAGUGUGUGACAGGAAUGAAAAUGCCCUUGUCUUCUAAAACUUUUUAACAGUGAACUAGCCAGCCCAAUGGAUACGGUGUAGAGGUGCUACAGUGAUUCUGUACUGAUAUUUAGUUGCUAUUUGUGUUUUUGACUGCUUCAGCAUGUUGUUAAUCUUUAUCUGCAGUAUAUAAAGCUGUCAGAUAUGAAUUUCACAGGGUGGAGCAACUUUAAUUGCUUUGGAUUUAACAUAGUUUUCGAAGCACCAUUCAGUAUUGUUUAAUAAUUUUUAAAAUGUCUUGAUUUUCUGAUACAGGUAGAUAUUCAGAGCAUGGACACAGCUGUUGAAGGUUGAGGUCCCUUUUAGUUUUAUAAGCGAAGAUAGGUUAAAUAGCCAUAUUAAUUGAUUGGUAUUUAAUGACCGCACUGUAGGCACAGUUAAAUAUUCUUAAAUCUCUGUUUCAUGAAAGCACAUUGCGUGGAACAGAGUUUUAUAGUAUUGAGUUAAAUUUUUGUACUAUGUAUAUGCCACUUAAUUUGUACUGUGUUUAUUUUUCAUAGGGGAUGGUUCAGAUGAAAUAGGUAUGGACUGUGGUGGAGGGGGAGGAGAUAGGGUACGCAAAGUUCCAAGCCAGUCCUAGCUUUAUCCAUUUCACAAGGCAAAGUUUUUUUUUUUAAAAAAUGAGAGUAUCAUUUUAGCCAAUGCUCCCUGAUCAUGUAGUUUUCUUCCCUAAAGGGGAAAUUUGAAAUUUAAUGGGAGUGUCCAGUAAGGGUGAUUUUAUAACUUCGGUAACAUGAAUUUUGUGGCAAUGAUCACAAUUCAUGAAGCAACCAAGGUGCUUUUUAACACCUAAGUGUGGAAAGAAGCCUCCAACAUAAGAAAUGAUCAUUAGUAAGUUUGGUCCAUAAUCAUGCAGGUUGCUGAACUGAUGCACGCACUUGAGAUUCUGGUUGGUGGCUUUACUAUGUUGUUAGGGUUCGUCGAGUUAUUCCUACAGGCUGCAAUGUUUGCCCCACCUUCUCCCAAACUUUAACUUUAGACAAUUUCUAUUCCGUACUCUAGGGCAGUACAGUUUGAUCAUUUUUCAGAGGGUGAAGCAGUGGAGAAACCAGUUGCAUGCUUUUGAUUUUUUUUCUUUUUUGCUUAUUUUGUCACUUUAUAUGGUAUUGAUUUUGCACCCAGUAUCUGAGGAUACUGAGCAGAUAAUGUGACUUAUUAAUAUUUUUUUUCUUCCUUCUUCAGUCCUAUUUAAGCCAUGCUUUGAUUGUAUAACUUUGUAUUCCACCUUCCAGAGAAUGUUUUAAAUCCUCCACACAUUGUGCACCCUCCCAUGGAUGACUGAUUUUGUAUCAUUUUAUACAAAUUAAUUUUAUAGUGGUGGUUUUGAAGUUUUAAUCCGAAAUAUGGUUUCUGCCAUUCUCUUAACUAAACAGCAGGGGCUGCAGCUCCCUAUUUAAUUGCCCACUGGUGAUACCACUCUCAUUUCAAACUUUUUGAGAGCUUUUGACACCUAAAGUACAAAUACUGGGUCUUUGGGUAUAGUGGUGUCACCACCUCUAGGCCAGAAGGUUUGGGUUCAAUUUCUGUAUCUCCUGGAAAUGUCAGAACAUGCCUGAACACAUUAAUUAAAACUCUUUUUUUUGAGACUUAAAAAUGUGGUGCCCUGUUUAGCCUCCUUGCUGGAUUGAGAACUGCUUCCCAAGUUGGAAGGCCUGCAUACUUAAUGCCUGUCUCUAGUAUUUGCUUUAUUCUAUGCAAGUUUAACCUCACUGAAAUGAUUGCUUUAUUUUUUUUAAUGUAGUUAUGGAUAAAGGUUUAUGCUUUCACCUUCCUCUAGGCCACGCUUCAGUUUGGAUAUAUAAGAAAUAAAACAGUUGCAAAUAUUUUAAAAGUUUUCACAUUUGUUAAUGGUGCAGUGAAGUGUUCUGUCGGGUUGUCCAGUAGAACUGUUAAGGUAGGGUAUACCUUGUACACAUUUUUAAAAAUCUUGUAGUGGGAAUUCAAUUACUGACUAUGGGAGUGUAGAAUUGGAGAAGGUGAGCAGGAGUCUGCUGUUAAUGGAUGCUUUUGGGAAUAUGAUUAAUUGUUGGUUUAACAAUUGGGGAUUGGCAGUGCUGAGAAUAACGAUGCAGGCUAGCAAGUGUGGAAGAAUGCUCCCUGUUUUGUGCAUCUGAUCCAGGUUGCUUACACUGAUCUAGCUUGUCCUGUGCCAUGGUGGCUGUAGAUCAUAUUGUUUCUGGAAUGAGCCUUCCAAUUGUGCAUUUAUGAUUCAUGGCCCAGGAACUGGAGAGGGUGGGUAUGCUGUAGUAAUCUUGUAUUCAUUUGCGAUAUGUCUGCAACAUUUACCCCUGGUUGCCAACAGCCAAAGUUGUGGAAACACUCAACAAAUCAAUCAAAAAACAGAGAUGGUCAGGCCACUGUUUCUGUAGGACCGCUGGCUGACCAAUCUCUUGCCCAUUCUGUUCAUAUUCCUUUUUUGCCCUGGGUGAUUUAAAAACUAACUCAACUAUCCACAAUCUGAACUUCAAAUUGAGAAGUUAACAGUUAUCUUGAAUUGCAAAACAAGGGUCACAAGCUGUAGAACACUUCAAGCUAACUUACUAUGGAAUGAUAGUUUUGAUUAUGUCAGUUCAAUACUGGAGAAAGCAGGGGGUUUGAAAAAGACUUUGUUUGCGUGUAUGUAUAAAAAAGACUAUCUUGUUAAGGGAAAAUUAUGUGAAUUUUAUUUAAUGAUAAUAGUUAUAUAUUUAUGGAAAUGUUUAAUGCUGGAAGAUUUGAUUUAAUGCAGUAAGUCCUUUAGAGUGAAAUUACACAUCUACCUGUAAACAGUUCCACACAAACCCAGCACAACUGCUCAACACAGACUUCUGGGGAAUAGCAGUUAACUCGAGAGGUUUUAAUUUGGUUGCAGUUUCUCCUGUCUGAGUGGCGCUGAUAUGCUGAGGUCUGGAUGUACAGGGACUAACUGUGCUCUAGAUUUUUCCUGCAUGACACCAGCCUGUUCAGAGAGGGGUUGAUGCAACUCAUUGAUCUAUUUGCACCUCGUGUUCUCACACAUGCACUUUCCAGUAAAGGUUGCUGAACAGUGAUCUAGCAUGGAACUCUUCACCACCACAAAAGCCUUGAAUAUUAAGGUUUCCUACCACUGUGAGGGGAUUACUUAUGCCCCUAUCUGAUUAAACUGGCUAGCCAGUGUCUCCAGCUCCAAAGUCUGUUCAGUGCUUGUACCUGCAAGUACACCUUGUUUCCUCAUUGGGGUGAGGACUGUAAAAGGAGCAGUCAUUCUGGAUGUGUGAGGUGCUUGUUAUUUAAGCUGCUAAUGAAGGACCUGGUUGGUGCCAGCAGUGUGCUGUGGUUUAGUGUGUCAAGCAGACUGUGGUGCUGCUCAAUUUCUAUGCAAUUACUGUCCAAUGAAAAUGCAGGUAUUUACAUUUUCUUAAAAUAAAAAUUUUAAACAGACAAA